AUGGGUAGUGCAUUGUCCAUACCAAUCUGUGUUAAGGAUUAUGGCGUCUUGGAUUUGACAGCAUCUCAGAUAGAAAAGAAAAAGAAGACCAGAGUCAAGAAAUGCCAGUUCUUUACCCUGCUCUUCCGAGGACAUUCUGGCAAAGCUCUGUCACCCAAGACAAAGCGGUCCAUGAAGCUUGCCUCUGGCGAUGGCCUGGAUGGAGUUACUUCCGCCACUGCGAGUAAGCCUGAAAGGCUGGGCCAGGCCAGCACUGAAAGCAUGCCUAGACUGCUCAUGCAGUCCUCCACCAGCGAGCUGCUCACAUGCCUGGGUGCGUUCUUGUGCCGGCGUUGCUGCCUGCUGAAGGACCUGACUGCUGACGAGCCCGUGCAGUGGCUGCGCAUUGUGGACCGCUACGUGACACUGACAGAAUGGCAGGAGCAAAGCUUCCUCAUUCCAGGCACCGUGGUCUUUCUCUUCAUGCUGUGCCGUGACAUCAUUUCAGCUGAGGUGGCCACCAAGGAGGAGCUGCAGGCCGUGCUGCUCACAUGCUUGUAUGUGUCUUGCUCCUACAUGUGUGAGGAGAUCAGCUACCCAGCCAAAGCUUUCCUGGUGGAGGAAAACAAAGGGGCCUUCUGGGCCCGAUCCCUGGACAUUGCUAACCGCAUGAGUGGCAAGAUGCUGCAGAUUAACAAUGACCCGCAGUAUUUUUGGCAGGUCUUCACUGACCUGAAGAACAUGAUGCUUCAUUAA